GGCUGCUGUAGUUUAAAUUAAUGUCAACGUGCCUCGCUGCCGGGAGAACAAGUCCAGCGCGGAUAGCGAAAGUACGUGCUCAGCGCAACCCUGCGAGCCGCUCCACACAUUUUAACAUGACUCGACGGCCGAGAAACAGUGUUUACAGUAGCGAGGAGGAUGAGGAGGAGGCCGAGAUGUACGACCAUGAUUACGAUGGAUCAAUGGUCAAGUCGGGGAAACGGCACCUUGGCAAAACCCGUUGGACACGAGAAGAGGAUGAGAAGUUAAAGAAACUUGUUGAGCUCCAUGGAUCAGAAGACUGGAAAGUGAUUGCAAGCUUACUAACUAACCGUACAGAUGUGCAGUGCCAGCACAGGUGGCAGAAGGUCCUUAACCCGGAGCUCAUCAAAGGGCCUUGGACCAAAGAGGAGGACCAGAGGGUGAUCGAGCUGGUCCAGAAGUAUGGAGCCAAGCGCUGGUCGGUGAUCGCCAAGCACCUGAAGGGCCGUAUCGGCAAGCAGUGCCGCGAGCGCUGGCACAACCACUUGAACCCAGAGGUGAAGAAGACGUCGUGGACCGAGGAGGAGGACCGAAUUAUCUACCAGGCACACGAGAAGCUGGGAAACCGCUGGGCCGAAAUUGCAAAGCUGCUCCCUGGCAGGACGGACAACGCCAUCAAGAACCACUGGAACUCCACCAUGAGGCGGAAGGUGGAGCAAGAGGGCUAUUUGCAGUGCGCGGCCAAGAACGGCAACUCCUCGCACUCCAUGGGCCACGGCUACGCCAAGACCAACAACCACCUCAUGGGUUACGCGCACCACUCGCCAAGCCACGCGCAGCCGCCUCCCUUGUCGCCGCUAAACUACGCCUACAUCUCCGACGCGCACAGAGUGCCGUUCCCCAUGGCCUUGCAUUUGAACAUGCUCAACAUCCCCCAGCACGGAACCGCUGCUAUACAGAGACACUAUGGUGAGGAGGACCCUGAGAAGGAGCAGAGGGUGAAGGAGAUCGAACUGCUGCUCAUGUCGACAGAAGAUGAGCUGAGAGGCCAGCCGUCACUACCAAUGAAUUUGUCCUAUCCCAGCUGGGAGAGCCAGAGCUCUGUGUCCAACAGCUCAGAGGGUGUAAUGUUAUUGCCCCAUCACCAGGCCCCAGCCCUGCCCCUGGACCAGAGCUGCCUACCCGAGGAGAGCGCCUCUGCGGCACGCGCCCACGCCACGAGGAGAAGCAGCAGCAGCAGCAGCAGCGGUGACGGCAGUCAUCACAGCAGUCCGACGUUCUCAAAUGCCUUGCCAGAGUUCAUGGAAUGCGUCAUCGACUCAUUUCUCAACCAGUCAAUGAGCCCAGAACACUCGGACCACGACGGCUCGCCUGUGGAAUCGAAGCCUCUGAUCAACCACACCAUCAGGCACUUCAAAGAGGAGGACGUGUUCCGAACUCCCAACAUCCGCCGUUCGAUCCAGGAGUCGUGUCCGUGCACGCCCACGCCUUUCAGGUCAGCUGUGGCCAUGCAGGAGGCAAAGUACGGACCCGACAAACUGCUGAACUCUCAUUUGGAGCAACAGAUGGUCAAAACCAUCAAGCAGGAGCCGAUGGACUGUGCAAUUGAGCAGCCUCCUCUGAAGAAGAUAAAACAAGAGGUGGAGAGCCCGUGUGAGAGGAGCCCGUGUAUGCAGUGGGAAGGACAAGACCUCCACACACAGCUCUUCUCCCCAAACGGCCCCGCACAGGAAGUUCCCGACCUGCUCACUGGCUCAUUAUUGAGUGAAGACGGACACAAGAACUACCACCUCCCUCGCCGAGGCACGGGCAGCCCGCUGCAGCAGCUGGGCCCCUGGGAGCAGGCGACCUGCGGGGAAACCGAGGAGCACGCCUUGGCCUCGGAGCAGAGCCGCAAGUACAUCAGCACUUACUCCACGAGGACGCUGGUCAUGUAGACGUGGCGCCCCGCUGCGGCGGGGAGGAUCGGCGGCGCUGCGGGUUACGUAUUUGUUGUGGUACAACAGUUGGGAGAGGCUCUAUGCCGUCGGUGUUUUUACACUCACACUCGUUGGAUUUCGACCAACCAAAGACUAAGCAAGUUUUUUUUAUUGUUAUUUUUUUUUUUGUGGAAACUUUCUACCUAUAAUUUGCGAGGGUUUCUGUUGUACGUCUUAUCUCGUUUGGUCUCAUCAUUUUGUUAUUAUCGAUGUUGUAUUAUAAAUGGGAAACGGUGGAUAUAUAAUUUGCAUUGGGCUGAGUUGUUAAUUCUGAAUUUUGAUAUUAAUAUAAAGAACAAGUUGAUUAAUUUAUUUCUUUUUUUUUCAUAAUGCUGUUGUUUUUUUUUCUUCAAUUGGCCAAUGGAUCAGUGUUGUAAGUUAAGUAUUUAAGCCCUGUUAGCAUUAUCAUAAAUCCAAAGGCAUAUUAUUGAAUUUAAAACUGACCUCUUUAUUUCAGUCGUGAAACGUUUGUGUUUUUAUUUUAUUUUUUGUUAGACAGGCUACAAUGUGUCUACUGUUUAUUUCAAGUGUUUGGUCUGUGUCACCUCAUGUAUACACUUACCUACUGAGCAUGAGCAGCAUGAGUCUGUUCUUGCUCGGUUAUUUGACUUGAUCACGUUUUACACUGAAGGGGCCGGCCUUAUUAGUAUUACCAGACUACCACAUUGGCACCUUUUUGAUUCAUACCAAUUGAGUUUUCAUUUCAACCUUUUGAGAUUUCAUUCUUUUCUGGCCUUCUCAGUAACCUGAAUGGUAAAUUCAAUGAAAAAAUGUUAAAUUUGUUAAACCUUUAAGCAUAUAUAUAUUUCUACAUUUAAAAGAAUCAUCUUAAAUGAGAGUGUAUGUUUGAAACCAUGAGCUUCACCCAGUAAGCAUAAGACCAAGCUGCACUUGUAAACCUAUACUCUCCAGAAAAGGCGAGGGCACUAAACACAGAUAUUUUAUACAAAUGUACAAACAAAUCCCAAUCAAAACUUUUGUAUGGCUUUUUGUUUUUAAACAUUUCUUUGGAUAGUUUUUAUAUAAUGCUUGUUCAAUCAGCAUUGCAGUAGCCCAUGUCAAACACUUUUUGCAGACAAUCCUUUUUAUACGCCUUGUUUUAUACUAUCUUUUGAGCAAAAAUGAUUUUAUAAAAGCAUUUAUACAUGCCAAGUUUUUAUACUUUUCUAUACUGCCUAGUAAAUAAAGUGUGUUUUUAUUACAGCGUG